AUGGAUGUCUGGGCAGAAAGGAAAAGCUCGGUGCAGAAGUGGGCAAGUACUGAGGUACAGUUCAUGGAGCUUUGGAAAAAUCUAUAUCAAAAGUUGAAUAAAGAUGAGGUGGAGUGGGUGGCAGCUGUGAUGAGAGGAGUAUGGCUGAGAAGGAACACCUUUCUUUUUGAAAAGAAGUUUGGUAGUCCUAGUGCUGUUGUUAAACAAGCUGAAGCAACUCUCGAGGAGUUUCAGUUGGCACAGAGAGGUGAUCAAAAGGGGAAGGGAUGUCCUGCAGCAGGAAGAAGAGUCAAGUGGAAGGCUCCAGGUGAUGAGGUGGUGAAAGUAAACUGGGAUGCGGGAGUGAAUCUGAAAGAAGAAAGAACAGGGAUAGGUGUUGUGGUUAGAGAUGACAAGGGGGAGGUGUUGGUGGCUUUAUGCAGUUCAAGGGGAGUGUGCUGCAGUCCAGUUGUAGCAGAAUUACAUGCACUAUGGAGAGCUAUGAAAUUGUGUGCAGAACUGAACUUUGAGAAGGUAAUAUUUGAAGGUGACUCCCUUAUUGCUGUGAAGGCUGUUAACAGCGAAAAGGAAAAUUGGGAGUAG